AGGUGCUGACGGCUGGGAGGACGAGCUGUACGACAAGAAAGCCUCGGGGAGAGAUAAGAAAAGAGGGAAAAGGGCCCAGGGUUCCACCUUCCACCGGGAAAACAGCCUCUAACCCGAACCUGACUGCUUAGUGACCGAAUCAAGUGCAAUGUCGUCCAGUCGCCAGCAUAGUGAAAGCCGGGCCAUCCCGACCAGGACGGUGCUGAUAAACGACUCAACGCAGCUACCUCAUGAUUAUUGCACCACUCCUGGAGGCACUUUAUUUUCAACCACUCCGGGAGGAACCCGGAUUAUCUAUGACCGCAAGUUCCUGUUGGACCGACGCAAUUCUCCCAUUGCCCAGACUCCCCCGGCACACUUGCCCGUGAUCCCGGGGGUAACCAGCCAAAACCUCCUGAAUGAGAACAAGAAGAAUGAGGCUAACAACAUCAAUAACCACGAUGGCAAACCGGGACAAGGUGAUGAUGCUCAGUUUGAGAUGGACAUCUGAAAUGGAGGAAAUUACAUGAAGAAGAAUUAUUGACCUGGUAUCUGUAUGCCAGUGGCUUGGCUUGUAGAAACCAAUAUUGUGAGACCUCUCCUUUUAGCUUUCUCUAGCUGCUGGGUGCUAUGUAACUGUGGGGAUAAAUGUCGACUCAAACUGGCCCUAAAAAAGGUUCGCUGGAACCCUGAAAGCUAGUUCUAGUUCUCUUGGAUUAGGUUUCAGGGUUGCAGCAGCCAUUUGUACAUAAGCCACACAGCAAUUGGGGAGGGGGUAGGGGAGUGAAAUCUGACUUUGAAGUGCCCAGAUUCAUCACCAGUUCUUGGAAUCAGAAUCAUUUGUGAAACAGCCAUCAGAGAUUCACUCUUGAUAUUGCAGAACUAUUUGUGAAGCACACUGUUCCGUUAAAACACCCGCAAAGGGUUCAAAGGCUUUGUAUAACUUUGUAUAACAGCGAGACCACCCUUGGUCAGUCAGUACCAUAUUUACGUAUCAGUAGCCCCCUGAAUAGCAUUUUGUUAAUUGACCGUUUUUCCAUCCAAAGAGUGAGACAGAACAUUUUUUGUACCCAUUUUGUAGUCCAAAAAGGCCUAUAGCAAAGUUUAUAAGGGAUGACAGGAUUGGCUUUUUUUUUUAAGUUUCUAAAUGGCAGAGAACUCCAAGGUCAUUCCAAGCCUUUUAUAUCCACCCAAAAAGUGACUUAAGUUUGAUAUGUCUCUUUAUUCCAGAAUUUGAAAUACAUGUUCAGCACAGGGAAAAAAUGUUCUCCACAAUUUCAGAAACCAUAGACCUUAAGUUAAAAUGUAUGUUUUUUCAGAUAAAAAUGCCAAAACAUUGUGGUUUAUUAUUUUUUCUUUUAAUUUUAGUCUUUUUCUUUUUUUUUUUUUUUUUAGAGCUAUCGCUCUAACAAAAACAGGCAUUUCAAGACACAUUCUGCCAAUACAAUGUUUUCUUUCUACUUAGAUUUAUGAGUACAGACUGAUUACGAUUGAUUAGAUUGUUUCUUAAAUUUGUGAGGGUGCGUGAGGGCUUUAGAUUGGUCAUAGCAGCACUGUGGUGUGUCUGUACCUUUGCACAGUCAGAAAAUCCUUCAUACUUGAUAUUUGAGGCAUCAGCUUUGUUGUCACUCAGUCUAAUGGACAAAAACUAAUUCAGAAGAGAAAAAAAGGAAAAAAAAACCAUACAGUGGUCAAAGGUAAAGAUGUUACCAAAAAGCUGCUGGAUAGAGUUGGCUGAGGAUAUUUGAGGGAAUAUAACAGUGAGAAGUUGGUAAGAAGAGAGCAGGUCUCAAGAUGCACUUACACAGAACAUACCGUAAUGUACAACACACAGAAUGAGCUCCUUUGACAGGAAGAACCACAGUUUUCUAAGUUGUGAAAUCUUUUUAACACUGAUACCGUGUCGGACAUUGUCAUUUCACAAAGCAAUUGCUUCAACAUUCUCAACCCUCUAACGAGUCAAAGGUAGUGAAGCACUGAAAUGUCGUCAGGUCGUUGGCCAUCUCUCGCCUCCCCUGAAAUGAAACAUAAAAAAUCACACAGUGUAUACCAGCUAAACGAAUAUCUCAAUAUGAUAUUCACGUCAGUCAUGUGAAAAGUUAGACGGCAGUGACCUGACCCUCAUUCUGAAAAGAGAACAAAAAAAAAAAAUGUUGAAAACUUUAAUGGAAAUCUUCUAAUGCUCUUCUAUGCAUGUUUUUCUGAUCACUUUAGUUUCUUCUCUUGUGUUUAAAUGUCAACAUUACACACACAAAAAAAACCCUGAUCAUCUGAAGUUGCAGUGGUUUAUUAUUUAAUCACCAACAUUGUAAAUGCGGGGCAAAUUAUCUGCUACGUUUUAAAUUAGUCCACGAAAGAUUACGGUAAAAAUAUUGUCUCGAUAAAGUGACUUGAGGGAGAAAGACUCUCAGUCUCGACGGCUUUAAUCAACACCCAAUGUGCUUAACUCAUUCUGUCUUCUUUUCAUUUUUUUCUUUUUCACUUCUGUCACUUGCGCUACUGUCUCUCUACUCAUGCCUUACUUUACUAAUCUCGGAGGAUGUGAUUUGUACAAAGUCUGAUCAUCAUCUUCUAACUAAAUUCUUUUCUUCUAUUAAAAGUGACAGGAAACAAAAACUAUGGGGUUUGUAACAGUGUGAAGGAUUUUAAUUUGAUUUAUGAUUGAUUAUGAUUUUGGAUGACAGUAAAAAUGUGUCUAUAAAUGGAUGUGAUUUUUGGUUGGCUUUAGGUUUCUAUGAAAUGGUCAGCACUGAUGUAUCAAAUCACUUGCUUUUUUUCAUUCUGUAGCCAUAAACACAAACAAAAAAGAAAAAAAAAGUUUCACAUUUUUAAGGGUUGCACUGAAGUCUGAAGCGACCGGAUUUAUGCAAAUGUGGAAUUGAAAUUAAAUGAUUAAAAAAAGGAAACAGUUUGAUAAAGGAAAGGGAAUUAUUUGUAUAAACCAACUGUAAAGCUAUUGACUGUAAAAACAAUCCAUCAUAUUACCACAUGUCCAUUUAAGACACAGAAUUACGAGGUGUCGUACACUUUGAAAGAUUGUACCUGGAAUCAGUCAGAACUUUUCCUGCUUCCUUAAAGAAGAUAUAUCAGUAAUUAAAAGACGAAAUUUUUUUAUCAAGUGGCCUCUGAGAUUUGAAACAAAGUUGUUUCUUGCC